CCCAGAACCAAAUCGUUUGAUGUAUGAAAUGUUAAUCUCCAUUAUAAAUAUUAUAUAAUUGAUAUAAUCUUGGCGUUGAUCAAUGGGAGGACUUCAGGAUUCUGCCUACAACUGGUGGAAGCGCGUUGGAGCAGACGUUCCGGAGCCCGUUCAAUGGGCCACUUUUGAUCGACUCUUCCAUGAAGAGUACAUCCCGGAGCACUUCAUCGAGGCGAAGCGAGAGGAGUUCUUGAAGUUCACCCAGGGUGAACUCACACUGCCUGAGUAUCGUCAGAAGUUUGACGAGCUCGCGGGGUUUGGGCAAGACCUCGUACCGACUGUGGAGAAGCGGUGCAAACGCUUCGUGGAGGCCUUACGUCCUGACCUUUCAGCUCAUCUGAUCAUUGCUCCUCGAAGUGACAUCAACGCGUUGUACAAGAAUGCGUUGGACCUGAAUGCGGCCCUCAUUAAGAAGGCUGAGUUCGAGCAGACGCAGGGGGCGUCAGCAGCACCAUCCCGUCCUCCUCCACCCCAGAAGGCGGGGACCAGCAGCAAGAGGUCCUUUGCAGCGCCGAGCAGCUCUCACCAGAGCAAGAAGGUGAAGUCAGCCCCAGCCCAGUCAUCUGCGUCCGUACAGAAGAAGGGCAAGAGCGGAGAUGGGUUUCGCAACCCGAUUUGCGACCAUUGUGGGCGCAGGCACCCAGGAGAGUGUUGGUACACUCUGGGCUUGUGCCUUGGGUGUGGCCAGGCCGGGCAUUUCCGAAAAGAUUGUCCGAAGAAUCCGGGGGAGGCAUUCUCGUCCGCACCGGCCGCUUCAGCCCCAGCAGCGCAGCCCGCCCAAAGCCAGAAGUCGGCGGCAGCAUCCAGUCAGCCCAAGCGGCAAGCAUCUGGCGCUCAGACGGGGAAGGCCCCGGCCCGCACUUACGCGAUGCAAGGACGUACUGAGCAGCCAGCCCAUGACGUCAUCAUGGGUAUGUUUACCUUAUUUGAUACAUCUAUUACAGCCUUGAUUGAUCCGGGUUCCACUUUAUCAUAUGUUUGUAUGCCUAUGCCUGUUAUGCCUAACAUUCUGAGGGAAGACUUAGACAACCUGGUAAUUGUGUCCAACCCAUUGGGACAUAGUCUACGACUCACCCAUGUGUAUCACGAUUGCCCAUUAGUGGUCCAGGGAAAGACCUUCCCUGCAAGUCUCAUUGAGCUUCCACAUCGUGAGUUUGAUGUUAUUCUGGGCAUGGAUUGGCUCACCGCCAACCAAGCCGUUGUUGACUGUGGAGCUCAUACUGUUCGACUGAGAGCCGAAGACGGUAGUGACAUACUGAUCCGUGGUGAGCUUCUUCCGAAAGCUCCAGAAUUCAUUUCCUACAUUCACGCUCGUCGACUCAUUCGCAAGAAGUGUGAAGCAUUCUUGUGCACAGUGUGUGACACUCGUCAGGAGGCGCCUAGUAGGGGGGACAUCCCUACGUUGGACCUUUCUCAUGUUAUUCCAGUUGAUACGGUCACACUUGAUGAGAAUCUUACAUACAAGGAGGAGCCGGUUGAGAUUCUGGCUCGUGAGGUCCGUCAGUUGAGGAACAAAACCAUUCCGCUGGUCAAGGAUCUGUGGAGAAGUCACACCGUCGAGGAGGCGACAUGGGAAACCGAGGAAUCCAUGCGCACUCGUUAUCCACAUCUUUUUAGUGGUCAGUGAUUAGGUAAAUUUCGAGGACGAAAUUUUCUUAAGGGGUGGAUAAUUGUAACGCCCUACAACCCGGUCUAAUAGAAUUGAUUGAUUGAU